GUGCUGUGAUUAGACACAGCACAAGCCAAUCAGCAGGUGCCGGCAAAUGGAUGUCCACCAGCUCCCACUGAUCGGCAAUGAGAAAGACAGAACAGAGCUCUUCCUAUGUAGACAAAGCAGAGCUCUGUCCUGUCAGCAGGAAUGUGCUGGAUUUUGUUUCCCUGCGCAGCAGGGAAUAAAAUCCAGCACAUCCCUUAGUGAAGCACCUGAAAGCACACAUUUAACCCUUUGAUCACCCUAGAUGUUUAACCUCUUCCCAGCCAGUGUCAUUAGUACAGUGCCAGUGCAUAUACUUAGCACUGAUCACUCUGUUAGUAUCACUGGUUCCCACAAAGUGUCAGAUUGUCCCCUGCAAUAUCGCAGUUCUGCUAUAAGUCACUGA